CAGUGCUAUUUUCCGAAAAAACAUGACAACAAAUUGCGGUUGUUUUUGGUAGGUCGUUUGUGAUUGGGUCGGGCGUUAUGAGUAAAUUAAGUCAACAGGUUUGUGACGGCGCAAAUUAAACUCGUAAAUCAAGGUACUAUAGGGAGUGCAAGUCAAAAGUCGGCAGAAGAACAAAUGCAGUACUCAAGUAAAAACAAAUUCGAGCUGAAAACUGCUUUAGUGUGUGUUUGUGUGCUCACUGAGGGCUGUAUGGGGCUGCUGCUUUGGUUGAUAUCACCUGUUGAGGCUCUGAGCCACCUACGUCAUCCACAGGAACCCAAAUCAUAAAUGACAACGCCACUGACCAAUCCCGUCACAGCGCGUGACAGGUGUCUGCCGGCCACGGACCAAUGGGAGUUUAGCGAAGGCGUGACGAACAGGCGACGUCACGCCAGUGCUGCUGCUCAGGUUUGCGGCAACUAGUGGUGACAAGAAUACGGAGCCAGUACGAGGAAGACGACGACAAACUUUGCCUCACGCUUUUCCUUUUUCCGAGGGGGAGACGAGACGGCAUCACCGCUCACGACGUGUUGUUUGACCGGCUUGACGUUCGCCUCCCGCUGUCACCGUUUCUCUGGUCAUAGAAGUUCGCUCGACUGGUACGAACGCGAGCGCGUCGAGUGAGGCGAAACUAUGACGGGCCGGGAAGAUGAAUAUGAUUAUCUCUUCAAAGUGGUGCUAAUCGGUGACUCCGGCGUCGGGAAGAGCAACCUGCUGUCCCGCUUCACCCGCAAUGAGUUCAACCUGGAGAGCAAGAGCACCAUCGGUGUGGAGUUUGCCACGCGCAGCAUCCAAGUGGAAGGCAAAACCAUCAAGGCGCAGAUCUGGGACACUGCUGGACAGGAGCGAUACCGGGCCAUCACUUCUGCGUACUACCGCGGCGCCGUGGGAGCACUGCUGGUCUAUGACAUCGCCAAGCAUCUGACGUAUGAGAACGCCGAGCGCUGGUUGAAGGAGCUGCAGGAUCACGCUGACAGCAACAUCGUCAUCAUGCUGGUGGGCAACAAAAGCGACCUGCGCCACCUGAGAGCCGUGCCGACCGACGAGGCCCGGGACUUUGCAGAAAAACAUCGCUUGUCUUUCCUGGAGACGUCGGCCUUAGACUCAUCUAAUGUGGAGCUUGCCUUCCAGACUAUCCUCACAGCCAUCUACAACAUCGUGUCACAGCGGCAGAUGUCGGGACGUAGCGACUCGGACUUCUCACCCGCCUCCAAUGUGGUGCCCAUCACGGUGGAGCCCACACAGAACGCGUCCAACAAGGGCAUGUGCUGCCAGAACAACUGAGAGCCUCACAGCGACAGUUAGAUGCAGACAGACAGACAGACAGACAGACAGACAGACAGACAGACAGACAGGUGGGGAAGACCAAGAAGUGGGUAGAGAUAUCCACUUCACUUCUUCAUUAGGACUAUUGUAGGGAGGGGUGUACGUACAUUAUCCAUGUUUAACCCUCCUGUUACCUUGGUUUCUCAGGAGCAGCGUUAAUGAUCCUUUGGUCAUUUUGACCCAUUACGGAAAAAAAAAAAAAUUAAGUUAUAGCUAGGGUGGCAAAAUUUCCGGAAAGUUUCUGUGGGGUGGGGGGGUUCAGAUGGGCACUUUUGGAAAUAUUACACAUUGGAAACUUUCCAUGGGAGUUCAUUGUAAAUUGAGGGUAAUUUCCUGGAAAGGUAUCAUAAUAUAAACAUGUUGUUUUGUCGUUUACAGACAUCUCUACAAAUUAUGAAGAUAGCUCUUCUUGCCCGUCACAUUACCUAAUUGCUCCCCUUUUUUUUUUCUCCCCACACUUGGUUUGAGCAGUGGUGUAUUGCGUCAAGGUACUAUUGUUCAGUGAACCCCCACUAUUCAUGGAGGAUUGGGAGCAAGCCCUCCCACAGAAAUCCCCCCCCCCCCCCCCCCCCCCCCCCCCCCCGCUUCAUGAUUGUCCGUAGACGCCACGACAGUGGCCAUGCACAACAUUUGUCAAAGUGUGUAGCUCCUCAGCUCACAUAAACAUUUUCUUGGGACCAAGAGACCGUCAAAUGUCACCAAAAAUACUUUUUUUUUUUUCUAUUAGACAAGGCUUUGGCCUGGUUAAAUGACGUGCCUCCUUUCACUUGAAUACUGCAACAUGGCGGCAAAGCCAUUAUGGAUAUUAGAGGGGUUCGCUGUCAUUUAUUGCAAAGGUAUUGAAAAUAAAUCAUUUUGUUUUGUCAUAACCAGGCACCCAUGCAAACAUAAAUUGCUCUCCUUGCCCACUUCUCAGGGCAUGAACAACAGUCACGGUUCGGCUAAAAUCUUAAUGUGUUUAAGUGCCCUCAUAAGAGCCAACCUGCAAAUUUAUCAGUUUCUCCAUUUUUUUCUUUGUUUUUGUUAGUUCCCAUGGUCAAUUUCUAACUUUGAAAAUUCUCAGAAUUUUGCAUCUCGAGUUGUAUCGCAUGGUGAUGCACCAUCGCCAUCAAGAUUUACAGUUAAGUCACUAUACUUCUUACUUUUUAUAUAUCUUUGCUUUUGAAUGUCGGUUUGACAUAAGAGCUGGGUUAAAUGCAGGAGAGGUUGAGGAAGUUUAGCACUCCCGGCGCUGUAAAAAUUAAAAUUACUAGUUUAAUAAUCCACCCCCCCCCAAAAAAAAAAAUUCCUGCCACAGUCAGUCGAACCUUCCCAAAGACUGUCGCCACUUCCCUCAAUUGCUCAAUGUUUCAUCCCAAAUUAUUUAUUGAACACUACGUUUUAUGCUUUUAAUUGCAUUGAUUUUUAUAUUCACGCUUAUUCUUUGUGAGGACAUCCGCCUCUCCAAAAGGGGCGACAAGGAGUCGUAUUUCAUAAAUGCACAUGUUGGAUCCUGGUCUGACUUCUUCAGAUUUUUCUGGGGGUCCGGUGGGGGACUCGGAGGCACCGCUCCCCCUUUUCGUGAGAUAAAUGGAUGGAACCUCCUUAGCUUUUUUUUUUUUUUUUUUUUUAAUGUAAAUACCGGAGACCCUUUUACUGCUUUCUGUCUUAAUUGGACCAGGACAUUAAAAAAAAAAAAGUUUUGCCUUGCAGAGGUCAACCCUCCCUUGUCUUUCCUGCAGGGAGGUAUUUUUGUUUAUUACUUUUUAAAAUAAUAAAAAGUUGUUAGAGUGUGUUAGUAAGGGCUUGAUUUAAAUUACACACAAUCAGCUGGUGUGUGUGUGCUGUGUGGCCUUCACAGGUCUUUAAACUUUGUGGUGCAGGACAGGGCUUUUACUGUUUUUGUUUUUUUUUAAAAAAAGGAAACGCAAACCACUAUUCUAAUAUGUAUAUUGGACUGUAUAUGUGCAAAUAAAUUUGAUUUGUAGUA